AUGAAGAUUCCUGUCCUUCUCUUUGCUGUAUUUUUCUUUCUAGCCCCACUGUUACCAGUGAAAUGUGCCAUGAAAGAUACCUAUAGUUGUUUUCUCAAGAGAGGCAAGUGUAGGCAUGCAUGCCACAAUUUUGAAAUACCAUUUGGUUUCUGCACAAAACUAAAUGCGAACUGUUGUAUGUAG